AACUUGAAACAGUCAGCACCCAAUGUUAAAUUGAAUAUUUGUCACAUUGUUCAUUGUUAUUUGAUGAUGACAAUGAUGAGGUUCGAUGUUUCAAUUGAACGGACUUUUAAGACUACUCAGGUUGCACUUUUAUGAUAGAUUUCGUUGCCAUAGGGUGUUUCAAGCAAACAUUCUUCAAUUUCCAAAGACAAAAAUGCUUUUAACCGGUUUCGAUCGUUGUUGUUUUUUUCGACGUUCGUUUUUUUCUCGGCCGAUUUAAAGAAUUCUCCUUUUUUUUCCUUCGGUAUCAAACCCGAUAAAAGGGAAAAUGAUUUUUAAGCAAUUUGUCAGCAUGUACAUCGAAAUGUGCGCUAAUCCCCUCAAAUUAUUACCAUUCGAUGGGUAUGCACAAAGGCCAUUUGGAAUGAAUGCAGCAUCAAAGGAUAGAAUACACACCACCAUAUCACCGCAAGCGAAUGCUGUUUUUUCUUCCUCUUUGUUAAACCCCCUGAGGUGUUUCCACUCAUUCGGAAUGAAUCGUCAAUGUAGGCGAUUUCAAUUAUUUUCAUUGUUUCGUUCAUCGGUGUGCGCGCAACAGUGAAUGGUACCGAAUCAUAUCGCGAACUCAAACACAUCAAACUAUUUCCGAUUUGGUUGUCGUCAGAUUUUGGUUAUUGUGUGCGAAAGUCGAACACUAAUCGCAUUUUAACAUCGACAUAAACACAAAUAAAGCGCCACAGCCAAUGAUUUCAAUCAAUGCACGACGACAAGUUCAUUCGCAUAGCGCAAAAGCGAAGGAAGAAAAAAAUGUAAACAUACGUACGUUUUAUCUGCUCAAUGCAUCGCCUCAACAAGUACGCAGAUAUGCGUGAAUAUAUCAGAUGCAAAGAGGGUUUUCCAACCGAUCUCGUCGUCGGAAAAAUGCCACGCUUGAUUAUUAUAGGCAUUAUAUGGGUAUAUACACCGUAGUACAUUAAACUGUAAUUUUAUAUCAAACCACUUUCGAAAUAUGUCACAUGCGAUUUUUUUCUCUGUAGUUUGGGUCGCGUCGACAAAGAACACAGCCGAAUCGAUGUGUGCAGUGGCAACAAAAUCGUAUACAAGUUUGCAAUUUCAGCAUCAAUGCCUCUAAUUUUAUGAUAAUGCGAUGUACUCUUGUGCAUAUGAACAAGUGAAACUGCAAAAGCAUUGAAACGUCUACAUCCCAAAUUGGAAUUUAAUGAGAGCAAAGCAUACACAUCAAUUCAAUCCCUUGGUUAUGUACAAUUUUGUGCGAUGACAUUUUUUUUCUCCCUCUUGCUCAGCCUGUGAGCAACAGCUUCGUUUGAUAUUCACAUUUGUCAGCGUUGACAUCAUUUGUUACUAAAUAUUUUUCGAAAAGAAAUUACACUGGAAAAUGCAACAAUUGACGCUAUUGAACCACAUUGCGAGACGAUAUCGGGUACAUAUUUCGCGGCGCAUGAUUGGAAUUUUUAUAUUGUAUUCACUGUUGAUCGACGCCUGCAACGCCCGCGGACCACAUCAUCCGAAGAGCGAAAAACGACGAGCUGAACAGCAACAACACAUCAACGAACACUUGGCAUUUGAAGCACAGCACAUUCAAGAGGAUAUAGAUGCGCAGCAAUUGCCAACGGAGAAGAAAGUUGAAGAAAUGUCAGAAGAAGAGAGAAAUUAUAUGUUCUUCAAAGUCCACGAUUUAGAUGGCAAUGAUAAAUUGGAUGGAUUGGAAAUUUUCUAUUCAGCGACACAUCAUGCGGCAUCAGAGCACGAUCACAACCAUGUACACAGUGAUAAUGAAGCAGACGAGGGAAAUGACAAUGAAAAUAGUCAACCGUCUAAUGACAGUAGUUUAGACUUGAGCUCGGAUGCAUCAAGUCUCAAAUUGUUAGAAUUAGAUGAAAAUGGACAAAUAGUUAACACAAAUUUUAACCAUAUUAUCGAUGUGCUAGACAAUUUCCUUAGUUUGGCCGACCUCAACAACGAUGGCUAUUUGAACUAUGCUGAGUAUGCAGCUGCCGUGAAACUAGGAAAUGCAAUGACUGAAGAACAAAAUCCAGAAUUGUAAAAAAAAAUUGAACAGAAUACUGAAGCUCGUGAUUCGACAUUGACAAAUAUUAUUUUAGUGAAGAAAUAAUCGGUUCCUCGAACGGCUUUUUGAUACAUUGGCUUUGAACUUACAUUUUUUUUUUUUCGUCUAUUAAAAUUUUAGGCCAAUUUUUUCUGUGUGAGAUCUUUGUAUAAUGUCGGUAGAAAAGAACGUUAGAACAAUAUAAAUGAAUAAACAACCAGUUGAACACUCGA